AUGUCUGGUGAUCACCGGGCAUUCAGCUUUAAUCAAGGCGAUGACAACACGGUAGGAGCAGAGCAUCGAGGCGACGUUUCGCCCAUCCACUCGCCAGACGAAGCCCAGCGCGGUGACAUUUCGCCCAUGUCACCUCCGGGUCAAACCUACGGCAACGACCAUGACCGAGGUCUUGCGUCAGUGCCGGAACACGGCCAGGGCCUCGGACACACCCACUCGAUGAGGACGCAUUCAACGGCCACCCCGGGCAUGGAUAAUCUGGGUCCCGCCGCCGUGGGCGGUGGUAUAAGCGGUAUCGCCCUUGGCGUUGCCAAUACCCAUGACCGUCAGAGUGGAGUUGACGCUUUCAGGGACACAGACGGGCCGGCGCACAAUAUACCCGCCGAACGAGGAUACCACACGACUGGGUCGGAUAACCCUUACAUCCCGGCACCGCCCGAAGGUGCCUACGGAAGUUCGGACAAUCUACGGCCUCGUGAAUCCUACGGCUCCAAUGUCGCUCUGGGCGCCGCUGCCGCUUCCGCCGGCCAGCUGACUCCCGGUGCCUCGAACCCGUCCCAACGCAGCCUGUUCGACGGUCCUUACCAAGGUGUUGGUCCGCUGAACGAGGGCCCUUAUCAGCGAACGUCUACGUACAGCACCAACAACUAUCCUCUCGUGAUCAAUCCGGAUGAAAUUAUUGACGACGGUGACGAUGGUUUUGUUCCGCCCAACACCAAAUCGGCCGGCCAAACGUCGAGGGCGGUUCCUGCAGCAAGUGGAGCCGCCGCCGGAGGAUUUUUGGGAGGCCUUGGCGGUUUAUUCGGAGGGAAGAAAUCGACAGGUCCGUCCUAUGACCCCGUGCCCGGCGCAGGGCUGGAGGCUGGCGACAAGGCCAGGCCAAAGCCCGACGGGGGUAGUCGGAAACGGGGAUGGAUAGUUGGACUCAUUCUGGGCUUCAUCGUGGUCGGUGCCAUUGUCGGAGGUGCCGUUGGCGGAACGAUAGGGCAUCGGGAGAACCAAAAAGAAGACCCGUCAUCCUCCACGAAGUCGGCGUCUAGCGAUUCGAAAAAGAACGGUGACCUUGACAAGGACUCGGACGAAAUCAAGUCCUUGAUGGGCAAUGAAAAUCUCCACAAGGUGUUCCCCGGUGUCGACUAUACCCCGUGGGGCGUCCAGUACCCGCUCUGUCAAAAAUACCCUCCGUCUCAAAAUAACGUCACUCGCGACAUGGCAGUGAUCUCGCAAUUGACCAAUACCGUUCGGCUGUAUGGCACUGAUUGCAACCAGACGGAAAUGGUCUUGCAUGCCAUCGACCGACUUGAACUCACGAAAAUGAAAAUCUGGCUGGGUGUGUGGAUCGAUACCAACGACACCACCGCCGAUCGACAGAUCAACCACCUGUACAAGAUUCUCGACAACGCGAAGGACACGUCCAUCUUCAAAGGCGCCAUUGUCGGUAACGAGGCGCUCUUCCGAGCCGGCAAAGACACCUCGAGCGCGAAGAAGAAGUUGACUGGCUACAUGGAUGACGUGAGGGAGCACUUCAAGAAACACAACAUUGACCUGCCGAUAGCGACUUCAGACUUGGGUGACAAUUGGGAUAGCGACCUUGUGAAGGCAUCGGACGUUGUAAUGUCCAACGUCCACCCGUUCUUUGCAGGUGUCGAUGUCGAUGAUGCGGCGAGCUGGACCUGGUCUUUCUGGCAAAAUAACGACGUGGUGCUGACCAAGGACACCGACAAAAAACAAGUCAUAUCCGAGGUGGGAUGGCCGAGCGGUGGGGGCAACGACUGCGGCCAAGGUCACAGCAACUGCAAGAGCAAGACAGAUGGAUCUGUUGCGGGUGUGGAUGAGAUGAACAAGUUCAUGUCUGACUGGGUUUGCCAGGCAAUGUCCAAUGGCACGGAAUACUUCUGGUUCGAGGCGUUCGAUGAACCAUGGAAGGAGCAGUACAACACCAAGGACGAGCAAUGGGAAGACAAAUGGGGUCUCAUGGAUGCCGCUCGGAAACUCAAGCCCGGCAUCAAGAUUCCCGACUGCGACGGCAAGGAGGUUGAUUAA